ACAGGCCGGCGGAGGAUUGUCGUAAGAAGUGGCAGGGCAUGAUGGCUGCAGGGAAGUUGAUUCUCGACAAGUGUGAGAAUGCUUCGGGCAAACCUUCAUACUGGACAUGACUAUGGAGCAGCGGAAGGCGGAGCAGGUGUCAGUAGGCUUUGAGAAAGUGUUGUGGGAAGUGAUGGAGUGGCAAGUGAAUUGGCCCUCCAUCAAGUGUAACAACACGCUGGUGUCAAAGAACCUGCCGGGUAACGCGGGAGGGCCAUCAACGGAGACCGGUCCACCACAACCCUCAUCGGGGAAAAGUAGUUCCGAUGGUAGAGCAACGGAAGAUUCCAACAGUGCAGCGAAGACGCGGAGGACGAAUACCGACAAAGCGAGGAUGGACGGCACGACCAGCGGUGGGACAGUAUUGGGGAGGGCGAUGGAGGACACAACACGGUCGUACAACGAAGGUCUGGAUAAGGUCGCUACCACUCUGGCGAAGGCAAAGUCGGAGGCCGGCUCAGCGAUUGCAGCGAAGAUUGGUGACGUCGCAGAUGCCAUGCGUGGGGGGAACACCGUCCUUGAAAUGUUUGUGGGGGUUCUUGCGAGGCGCGGGGGUGGGGGAAACAGCGGUGCACAGUGGAGGGCGGGCACAGACUCCUCGUCAGAGUCGUCACAUCAGCAGUGCCACGUCAGCAGUGCCACAUCACAGUGCCAAGUCACAGUACCACGUCAGCAGUGCCACGUCACAGUGCCAGAUCAGCAGUGCCACGUCAGACACAGUGCCACGUCAGCAGUGACGUUCAACAUAGUGUCACGUCAGCAGUGCCACGUCAGCAGUACCACGUCAGACGCAGUGCCACAUCAGCAGUGCCACGUCAGCAACAUGACGGGCCUACCAGGUCAACUGGCCAAUGAGACCAUUGCCGCCUACAAGCAGCGUUGCCUGGCUCAGAUAGAGGUUGAGGAACAACGCCUGCUGGCAGUCGAGGCUGCCCGCAUACAAGCUGAAGAGGCAGCAGCAGCAGAGAAAUUGCGGCUACAGGCCGAUGCAGAAGCAGAUGCCCAGGCUCGCCGAAAGGAAGCCCAGGAUCUGCUGCAGCGGCAUGAAGCCAACAGCAUCGACAGACUCAAGUACUGGCAUUUUAAACCGAACGGCGACGACGCAACACCGGAAGAAAAGCACAAGGAGUUCCUCUCCAAACUCGUGACGUUGUUGUUGUAUGCUUGCAACUACCAAAGGUCAGAGUUGGAGAGACAGCACCGGGACCUGACGCAACAGCAUCAGGAGUUGGCGACGCUCCACCGCACAGUGCAGAGCCACGAGGAUGCAACUCGGGCACUCAAUGCCCGAUUGUUGGACCUGGAACAGGCUGUACCAGGACCAGCUGCUGGAGCUUCYAGCAGUGCACCCUUAAGCCGCCAACUGGAGGACCGCGUUGACCACGUAGUGGCAAUGCUCGGCGACAUCAGCACCUUUGCUGCGCCAACCACCACCAUCAGCAAUCAGCUGCAUACACUGAAGACCGAGGUCCAGAAGCUGCAGUCGACAAACGCGGACGACAAUCCAAAGAUGUACAAGAUGCCAACUUUCAACCUGGAGAGGUUCGACGACUACACGCAGCAGGAUCCCGUCCUCUGGUGGGAAGCAUUCACAACGCAACUCAGGAUUCUGCCAGUAGCCAAGCACGCGUACAUCGGCGCCCUGUUCCUGAACUCAAAGGGCGGAUGCCAGACUUGGUUGAGCCACCUGGCAACCUCCCACGGCGUCGACGUACCAGACUUGAAGGACGUAAUCACAUGGGAGGAACAGACACGGUUGUGGAAGAAGCAGUUCAUCGUCGACGACGUGCCGGCACUCGCCAUCAACCGUUUGUUCACCAUGUCACAGGGCAACACAGCAACACGGGACUGGCUCACGGAGUGGCAGAAGAUUGCGGUUGUGCCCAAUCUGAACCUACCAUUCGAGCAUCUACGCCGUGAGUUCUACAACAGGUCAUGUGCGGCAUUGAGCCAGACUCUUGGUGAUCGCGAGCAGUACUCAACCUUCGCGGAGAUCAUUGACAAAGCGAGGGAGAUCAUCAAGACCAACAGGUCAGCUGCACACGAGAAAUCAACAUCAUGGCAGCCGACCUAUGUGGAGAAGGUACGAACUGUUUCCCGAGCUGAGGCGGGGUCGCACAUCCUCCUUGCCCUGAUCUUGGCACAGGGAGGUCUUGUGCUUGGUGCUGUUGCACCAAUAGCAGCUGCCGUAGCGGCCGCGGAUCUUGUACUCCGCCUCGGUCAAGCCAAACUUGACCCAUGGAAACUGUCCUGGCUGUCCAUUUCCGGCCGCCCACGUGUCCGGAGGAAGUCCCAGCCUACGCAAGUCACUCUCGCAGACGGUCAUACGCACAAGUCCAUCGACCGAUGCAUUGACGCCGUCCUAGUGUACUUUGCCCCCCACGCAAGUGAGGCGGUGUCCUUCGACAUUCUGGACACCAAAUUCGACAUGAUCUUGGGCAUGUCAUGGCUGCGAAGCAAGGAUCACCCUGUGAACUUCUUCAACCGCACCGUUCACGUUCAUGACCGGAACGGAGUAUUAGUUUCAUGCACGGUGCCUUUUCCUCAUCCUUCGAUCAGCUGCCACGUGGUAUCCGCCGCAAGCAUGCGAGCUUCCAUCAUCAGAGACGACAUCGAGGAGAUGGGGGGGUGUUUUCUCCACGCCCUCCCGCCACAUGACGCUUCAUCGACGGACUCACGUUCGGAUCCACGCAUCACCGAACUUCUCGACGCCUACAGCGACGUGUUCGAAGGCCCGCAUGGAGUAGUACCGGAUCGACCCAUCCGCCACAAGAUCAUCCUCGAGGACGGGGCCGUACCUCCGCGCGGUUGCAUCURCCGAAUGAGCRAGGAAGAGUUAAGUGUGCUUCGGGCACAACUCGACGACCUUCUAGGGAAAGGCUGGAUUCGGCCUAGCUCAUCGUUAUACGGUGCUCCUGUUCUCUUCGUCCGGAAGAAGAACAAGGAUUUGCGGUUGUUUAUCGAUUAUCGCAAGCUCAACGCGCUGACGAUCAGGAACGCCGGCCCUCUCCCACGCAUCGACGACCUUCUCGAGCGAUUGGGCRGCGCCCAGUUCUUCUCUAAGUUGGAUCUCAAGUCAGGGUACCACCAACUCGAGAUUCGCAAGGAGGAUCGCUACAAGACCGCAUUCAAGACUCGGUAUGGGCAUUUCGAAUGGCUGGUCAUGCCAUUUGGCCUUACGAAUGCCCAAGCCACUUUCCAAGCGGCUAUGACGACGGAGUUCCGACACAUGCUGGAUCGUUUCGUACUUAUAUACCUCGACGAAAUUCUGGUUUACAGCCGGAGUCUGGACGAGCAUGUGGAACACCUGCGCACCGUUUUGGAGCGGCUACGACAGGCCAAGUACAAAGCAAACUGCGACAAGUGCGAGUUCGCACAGCAGGAGCUAGAGUACUUGGGACACUAUGUGACGCCGCAAGGCAUCCGUCCGCUUGCAGACAAGAUCGAGGCCCUACGAGUAUGGUCCGAGCCCACCAACACAACGGACGUUCUGGCCAUCAUGCACAACGAAGAGGAGACGGAGCACAUUGUGAGGGCGAUGUUCGCCGCUUAUCAAUAUAGGUGUCUCAAUGAUUUCGGCAGUCCAUUCGGAGUGAGAGGCAUGCCAAAUUUCGCGGGACUCGUCAUAGCCGUAAUCAUGGCAGCCGGUGUUCUCCCACGAGCAUCACCGCGAUGGUGGGUUAAGCCAAGGGCAGGUGGGGCAUGGAAGAAUAUGACACGAGUGGAUGCUGCUCGGGGAGACUACUUUCAUGACAACAUCCGCAUGGGAGAGGAGGUGUUCAGAAGCAUCGUUGCGAACAUGCGACCCCACUUGACGAGAAUGUGUAUGAAGUACCAUGCCCCUACUAUACCUGAGCAAUUGGUUGCGUAUGCGUUGUACCGAUGGGCGACGGGGGAGUCCUUCCCCUGGCCAAAAGAGAAGCCCUCAGAGCUGUAGGACAAUAUCAGACGAAUGUGAGGUCCCCGGCCUCGAGUGGAACUUCACUUCAUAAAAAAAAAAAAUAAAGACUAGUAAAGAGUGAAGUUCAGG